GGGGGACAGAGCGGGAGCGAGGGCAACAGCAACGGCAUUGUAGCCCACUCCACUCACUCUCGCCAUGGCAGGAGCAAGAGCAAGGUUGGUGGUGGUGGUGGUGAGUGUGGCGAUGGUGGUGUUGGCGGCGGUGGUGCGGCACGCGGCGGCAACAGGUGGCAUGGGUGUGGCGCGGACGCCAACAGGUGCGCCGCUGCCGCAGGCGCAGUACGAGGUGGCGGUGGCGGCGAGCGGACGGGCUGCGGGGCUGCCGAAGCGGUUUAUGGUCAACGAGACGUUCCCGGACUGCCUCCCACCGGUGCUCAACCAGGGCGGAUGCGGAUCGUGCUGGGCCUUUGCGGCCUCUGAAGUUCUCUCGGCGCGGACGUGCAUCUACGCCGGCGAGAAGGUAGUACUCUCGCCACAGGCGCUGGUCUCGUGCGACGAUGUGCUCAAGUGCGAGAUGGGCGUGCUCGGUGGGCGCGCGUGGCACGAUCUGACCAAGCACGGCAUUCCCACUCUCGAGUGUGUGCCGUAUGUGUCGGGCGACGGCAAGGUGCCAGCGUGCCCGACCCAGUGCAGCGCGCCUGGCGUGGCGUGGAAGACGUACGCGGCGGCCAACUACACGCACGUGGGCUCGUUCAUUGAUCCAGCAUCGCACAUUGCCGCUAUCAAGAGAGCGAUCAUGGGUGGGCCGGUUGAUGUGACGUUCAAUGUCUUUGCCAAGUUUCAGGAGUACCCUGCGGGCGGGGUGGUGUUCGACGGCUGCCACCUCUCGGACGGCGGACGGUUCACGGGCAUGCACUCGGUGAUGAUUGUGGGAUGGGACGACGACAUGAUGGGUCACGGCCCAGCGUGGCUUGUGCAGAACUCGUGGGGCGAGGCGUGGCCGGCGACGACGCCGAUGGGAGUGCCUGCGGGCCACUUUUGGAUCAAGGCCGGCGUCGACUGCGCCGGCAUCGAGUCGAUGGUCUACGCCGGCUUCCCUGCGACGGCGUAGUUCGCCUACAAGAGGCUCGGCGUGAUGCCGAGGCUCUCUGCGAUGUGGUCGAGGGCCUUAAAGUCGCGGGCGGAGCGGACA